GACAAAUUGUGGAAAAGGUAGGGUUUAAGAGACUUGGAAGAAUGGCGAUAAUGAUGUCAGAUCUUUUACGGGAUUUGGUAGAGGAAGUGCUCAUUAGGGUUCCGUUGACAUCUCUGAGAGCAGUGAGAUUGACUUGCAAAAAAUGGAACGAUGUAUGCAAAGAUGGGAGCUUUAUAAAGAAGCAUAUCGUCGAAGCAAAGAAGAAGCAAGUGAUGAAUGAGUUUGAGAUUAUCAUGAUGACGGAUUUAAAGGUUUAUCUGAUGACCGUCGAUCUUCACAGCAAUGUAGAUCCAUCAAUGACGCUUAAAGGUACGCUUUUUAGCCUGAAGGAUGAUGCAAAUCAUCAUCAUCAUCAGGUCGAUGAUAUAGUCAGAGUCUUUUACUGCGAUGGUUUACUAUUAUGCAUCACCAGAGACCUCAACUCUAGGCUUGUGGUUUGGAAUCCUUACUUUGGGGAAACAAGGUGGAUCCAACCCAGAGAUCGUUACCACAUUUUCGAAAAUUACGCUCUUGGGUAUGACGAGAAGAAGAAGUACAAAAUCUUUAGAUUUGUGGAUGAUUCGUACGCCUAUAGGGAAGAGGAACGAAUAUGUGAGUUAGAACUCUAUAGUUUUGAGUCUGAUUCAUGGAAGGUUGUUCUUCUUACUGUCCCUCCUGAGUGGGAGAUAGAUUAUCAUCACCGUGGCGUUUCUCUUAAGGGUAAUACUUACUGGUAUGCUACUAAUAAGAACGAUAAGAACGAUGAUGUUGUUUUCUUGAUCUGUUUUGACUUUACAACAGAGAGAUUUGGAGCGCCCCUGCCUCUGCCUUUUAACCCUUGUCCUACUUGGGAUGAUAUCGUUUCUCUCUCUAGUGCUGGGGAAGAUCAGUUAGCGGUCUUGUUUCAGAACGUUCAUACACUGAGGAUGGAGAUUUGGGUUACGAGUAAGGUUGAGCCUACAGAGAUCUCGUGGAACAAGUUGUUCUUAGCGGUUGAUAUGAGACAACUCAUUGGUUUCGCAUUUCUGUCAGGGACUUUCUUCAUUGACAAGAAGAAGAAUUUUGCAGUGGUUUUUGAUAGAGAUGUUGGUGCGUCUUACACUCGCGGCAUUGCUUACAUCAUUGGGAAUAAUGGAUACUUCGAAAAAGUGGAUUUUGGCGAAGCAGCAAACCAGGAUUGUUACCCACUUGUCUCUUCUUAUGUUCCAAGCACAGAGCAAAUUACGCAGCUAACCUGA